AUGGCCAGGAGACUGACAGGAGACAAGCGGCCUGCUUCAGGUGACGGUGGGUCGGGCAGCGCCGGACCCAGCCGAGCACCCGCGCGGGACGAUCAGAUCCCGUCCGACGAGGAAGAUGGACACAGCACUUCGGAGAUCAGCUCAGCUGGCUUCCCCACCCCGUCCGUAUCCGUCAGCGGCGCUAGCGAGUCGGAGUCUGGGUCACAGGAUUCUGUCCCCGCCCCCCAGCCUGCACAAAGUGAUGGAGAGGCGGAGAUUGGAGACGGCCUGCAAGGGCUUCGUCUUAGCAGCCCGACAAGCCCCUCCGCCUCCUCGCGGUUAGGCUUGGGCGAUCUCGGGGCCGCUCUCCCCAGCGCCGGACCUAGUCGAAGCCAGACCCCUCGCCAUUUACCUGGUGCCUCCUCUCCAGCUGCAUCUUCGGGCUCCCGGCGCAGACGCUCAUCCUCAGUGGACCAGAGACGGUACGAUGUGAGAGAUGAGGCGCCGCCGCAAGACCGGUUCCAUGAUCCCACAUUCCAGCAGAGCUUCACCGAGGCCCAGUCUCUCAUGACCCAACUGGCUGGCGUUCUUGGGAGCAGCACUCUGCAUCUCGAACCGGACUCCACCAUGAAGACUCUCCGCGACAGGGCCGACAAGUUGGCCAGGUUUCAGUGUCCCCCGACUCGAACAGUGGGGCUUGUUGGCGAUUCGGGAGCCGGUAAAAGCAGUCUGCUAAACUCGCUGCUGGAUUUCCGCAACCUGGCCCGGACGAGCAACGGCGGGGAGGCGUGCACCUGCGUUGUCACAGAAUACUAUCACCAUGAAGGACCCAAUUUUGUGAUUCACGUGGUCUUUUUCAGCGAAGAAGAACUCCGAGAGCAACUUGGCGACCUGGUACAUGCCUACCGCCACAACCACUUUCACUCCCGGGAUAUGGAGUCGGAGGACGACAGACGUCACUGGGCAAAACGGGCAAAGUUGGCCGAGGACACAUUCAAAGCCAUGUUCGCAGAUCGCUUCACGACUGCCCUGCUUCGCUCAGACGACUCGGACAGCAGCAUCGUGAACACAUACCUGGCCUGGGCCAAGGAGACGUCCCGUGCACACAACGUUAGCAGACACACCGUGAUGGACUCUCUGGAAAACUGCUCGAGUCUGCUGAUGCGGCUCACUUCGGACCGCGACGGCGCCGACGGUCCGAGGAUUUGGCCUUACAUCAAAAAGAUCAGAGUAUCUCUGGAUGCGUACAUUCUCAGCAAAGGCCUCGUGUUGGUGGAUCUUCCAGGCCUUCGCGAUCUCAAUUCGGCCCGGCGAAACAUUACCGAGCGCUAUCUGCGUCAGUGCGAUGAGAUCUUCGUGGUCUGUCCCAUCGGGCGAGCCAUCACCGACGAAGGUGUCCAGCAUGUCGUGGAGCUGGCUCGCCAGGCAAGACUGUCCAACGUCGGCAUCAUCUGCACUAGAUCCGACGAUAUUCGCGCCGACGAGGCUCAGAGAGACUGGGGUGGUGCACGGGCGAGGGAAGUCCAGAGAUUAAGUGACUCUGUGCUUGAGGCAGAGCAGCAGCUUGCCACUCUCACCGAGCAACUGGACGAUCUCGAUGGUCUCGAAGAUCUCACAGUGGAGGAGCAAUUGCAACAAGUGCGCCUCUUUGCGCAACGCGAACUGACAAGCCGUGAGAUCAGAACCCGCAAGUUCGAGCUGCUACAAUACUUGAUUACCACACGCAACGACAUAGUCACCGCCCAGCUCCUUACCCAAUACGGCGGCAGAAUCUCAGGAGGCGACCUGCACGUGUUCUGCGCCAGCAACACGCUCUACUGGGAGAAACGUGAUCUGAGAGCCCUCGCGGAGGUCACCCCAUUUCUCAGGCUGAGCGGCAUUGUGGACAUACGGAGGCACUGCAUGGGACUCGUCUCGGAGAGCCAGCUUCGGAUAGCCACCAAGUAUCUACGAGACGACGUGCCGAACCUGCUGAGCAACAUUGAGCUCUGGGUCCAGAACGGGGCCGGGACAGCAGAUGCGGAGAAGAAACGCGCGGUCCGGCAAGCUCUUGAUAAACUUGAGCGCCGACUGCGGAGGAAACUCGUCGAGAGACCAUAUCCGCUCAAUGACCUUGCUCGCGAGCUCACUGAAGCGUUCGAGGAGUUGGUGUACGAACGGCGGCACAUUCGUCGCUGGACUCAAGGGGCAAUCCGCGCCGGGCAAGUUUGGUCGGGUUGGCAUCAUACAACAUUCGCAGCGUUCUGUAGGAAGUACGGAACCCACAUCACGGCAGCGGUAGGAUAUCACUGCUGGAAUGAAGAAGCGAUGAAGUCCAUGAACGAUGAUAUUGCCGGCCAAUGGGACCGCCUCACUCAGGAUGUCCGAGACGAACUCGACAGCCGUCAGACGUGCGUUUCCGAGGACCUUGACGAUGCUGUGGCUCGCUACCUCGGUGAUGCGCUCCGCGCGUUGUCAGAGUCACAGAGCCCGCUUCGAACCGCGGUGCAAUCCAGCAAUCGGCUUCAUGUUAGGGCCGUUGAGGAUCUCUUUGCAAAGUUCGAAACAGACCUAAGCAAACUCCGAACCGACGCCUUCUCCGGCCUCCGCACAUCCUACUUCGGCCAGAGCAUGGAAUCCGCCUACUGGCGCGCCAUGUGCGAAUCCGGCACAGGCAUGUCGGCCCGCCAAAAAGCCAUCAUCAACGGCGCCCUCGGCCGCGAGGAGCUCUUCGGGGAUCUCAUGCGGAGACUGAAGCGCGAGUUUGAGGACCUGGCCGCGGACCUGGAGGAUCACGUGCGGGCUGCGGCGAAGAAUUACUUGGACGAUGUCAAGGGCACGCUGGACCUUGUCCGGGAGGAGAACGCGGCGCUGGAGGCGGAGAGGGAUCCGGAGUUUCGGGAGCGGGUGGCGGAGGAGUUGGGCCGGGUUAGGGCUGCGAUGGAGAGCGUUCUGGAGCGGGUCCGGGAGGUGUGAGGGUGUACUAUUAUGGUGUGUCUCCAGGGAUGUUCCAUGUGUAUGAUUUUGUAGGACUAUUUUGUGUUGUGUCUCAAU